GGACAAUCUCGUUGGCUGGCGACCGGUACAGCCGCGACCGACCAAGAGGAAAGGAACCACGAUUCGACUUAACGGAUCUGAGCUGCCUACGAACAUUGCAAGUCACCAACGCACCGUAUAGGUAACCGACAGCCAUUGUUAACGGGAAAAGAAAGCUUUUCACAUUAGAAAAGAAGAAGUGAAAAUAGAAACUGGAGCUUCUUAUUGACAGGAAAGAAGAAAAAGAAGAAGAAAAAGAAGAAGAAGAAGAAGAAGAAGAGAAGAAGAGGGCGAUGUAAUCCUGAACAAAACUUUAUCUUUGAAAAAUCUGCAAAGAUCGUUAAGGAGAGAAUAUAAAAAGAAAAGUUUACGGGUCAACGGUUAUAAAACGGAAGAAACAAAAGGGGAAUAUACGAGACGUCGUGUGGAAAGAUCGCGAACUCGCAGCAAGAGCCAGAAGAGCGUUCGAGAACAAGGAGAACGAGAUGCCGGCGUGAGGAAAAGGUAGACGAGGCAACGCGAUAAAGAACGAAUCAACCAGGUAGAAGGACAGGGAUGCCGCGGUAAUGCUCCAAGAGAGCCGGCCAAACGAGAAGACCGACCAAAGAAGGGAAGAGAGAGGGAGGGACAGAGAAGAAGAGAACGAUAGAAAACGGACAUAGGUAGGAGGACAGGUAGUCGGGGAAAGAAGACCAAGUGAAGAGCAUAGGGGAGAGAAGAUACAAGAGAAAAGAGUGGAUCCACGAAGGGGAACAGCACGGCAAGGAACGGAAUGGAGCGGUGUAGAAAGUAAGAGAGGGGAGAGGAGAGGAAAGAAGAAAAGAGAGAGACUCGUUCCUCUCGUAUAUAUGUCGGCAGUUCGGUUCGGUGACGUCACGAUGUCGAUUUGAACGGACCAAUGGGCAUUCGAAACGAAGCUGAAGAGGUAAAGAGGAUAUGGAGGGGACUGGAGGGUGGAAGAGGGCCGAAGGGGCCCCGAGGGGGCCAAGGAGCUCCAGGUUCCGGAGUUCGAGGGGGAAGGGGUAACGCGAAAGGUGCGUGCGGCCCCAGACGUGGGGCGCGGGGCCAGUUGAUCAGUGAGUGCGGUAGUGAUCUCAUCUUGUACCGCGCCAGGUGUGACUCCUCUCUUUCCUCUUCUUUCGAUACGAGUCUAUGUGCCCUUGGUAAGACGGAGCAAGCAGUAGCGGACUUAAAAUUCACGUAUUGGUUCGGGCCGUGUCCUCAACUCGAACAACAGAUGACCGAAACUUGCUGGUUGAAAGAAGCGAUAACAACUUUUAGAAUGACUUUGGCCUGGUAACGAGAGAAGAAUUUUCAGAUAUACACUCGUAGCCUCUGGCUAUCCCGAAGGCCCGUCUCACCGACUAACUUUCACUCCGAAAUGUCAACGGUUGUGUUUCACUUUUCAAAGCUGUGCGCGUAUCAAUCAAUUCGUGGUUACGCGACAAAGAGACGAUUGUUGUAAAGCGGUUUCCGAUUUCUCCGUCUUUCUGUUACAGAGUGGGGACACCAUCGACACGUGCAUGUCAUUAUCUGCACCAGGAAAUAGCGACUCGAUCAAGAGACAUUCUCGUAUAAAAGGCGUUAACGAUUGAUCCAUGUCUACCGAUAUUUGCAGUAUCAAGAAAGAUUCGAUAUUGCUAAAUGGCAAAGCAGGUUUUCAAUUCUCGACGAUUUCAUUGAUUUAGAUGAUCAAUUUUCAUCGAAAUUAUUUUUUUAUUUAUUUAAGACAACAAGAAGAUCUUGGCGCGGACAUUUUCUUUGGUUAUCUAGCUGUAUGAGUAUUAUUCGACAUCAUAAAGCUAGGUUACCGGAGUUAAGCUCCUCGCCAUAUCAACUUCAACGAUUUUUUUUUGAUUUUUCGACUAAAUUGAUUAUUUACAAAUUGAUGAAUCUAAAAAUAAAUGCC